AUGGACCGUCAGAAUGCGCCGAAUCCAGCCGAGCGCGCUGAACCGGCCCCAACCAAUGGAACUGUUCAGAAGUUUCAAUUGCCUGAUGUGAGUCAUUUUAUUAUUUGUUUGUCUUGAACUUUAGGUACAUGUUUAUAAUGUCCGGAAUGAAUCCUGAAGAUCUUGAGGGGUCUCGAGGGAGUUUUUAUUAGUUUUAUGUUGAUAUAGGUAGCAAAAUGGGUGAGGUGGAUUGGAAAUAACUUUUUUGAAGGUUUUGGUGUUUCAAAUGGCUUUAAAAUGGAGUUAAAUUUUGUGAUAGAUGUAUUAGUUGUUUUAUAAAGUAGGUUUUGUAGUUUUAAAGGGUUUUAGAUAAAUAAUAGCUGAUUUAUAUUGUAGUGGGUAUCAGAAUUUGGAUUUUUGGCUAAAAGCUAACUUUUUGUGAACGUAUAUGGACAAACUAAUAUUAACACUAGCUUUAGGUGUUUAUACGUCUAAUUUCGUUAUUUUAGGUACCAGAUCACUACAGUCCGCCGUACAUUCCUCUCAAUGUUCUCAUAGACUUUGCGGUUCAGCAUUGUUUUCACGAGCUGACUGUUCUGGCCGAAUUGCUGCCCAAAAAGAAGGAGACAGAACGAAAGAUAUCUGUCGUACAAUUCGGACAUUCUACUCGAUGUAUAUUCUUGAAGUUGUUGGCAUUGGUGCGAUGGUUGCGACAAACGCGAAAGCUGGACAUCACCAAGAACAUUUGUUACUAUUUGGAUCAAAUUUCGUUUGAUUUUGUGGAAACUGCGGAUAUAUUGUGUCAUAUAAGGGACGAAAUGGGGGCUGCGAGGUAAACUUGAGUAGCAGGUUUUGAUAUUGUUGUUUAGGAUGCCGAUUUUUCAAAUUCAACACGCUUUGGAAGCUGUGUCGUUGGGACGAUGUGUACGGGUACCACAGUGUAUUAGGGUAGGUUUAAGGGUUUUUGUUGGUUUUUAGGUAUAAAAUGGCUAAAAAAAUCAUGAUAAUAAUUUUUUUUUAAUUUUUUAAAAUUUUUUUAGAAAAGAUACAUUCCGGAGUUGAGUCUAAAGCCCAAAAAACAAGCUCUAACACUGUACAGGUUGAAUCAAAUGAUUCAGCGGCGAUUAGCACUGGAGACACCUAUUAUGGCUGGAGGGUACGAUGUGGUUGAUGUGAGGAACGGCACGGUAUGAUUUUUUUUGUUUUUAGGCAAAAAAUACCAAUAACUUUGUUUACAAGUCGAAAAACGGCAAUAACUUUCUUUACAGAAGAUAAAAUGGCAAGAACUUUCUUUACAGAAGAUAAAAUGGCAAGAACUUUCUUUACAAAACAAACAAUGGCAAGAACUUUGUUUACAGAACUUUAUGAGCUCAAUUUUUCUUUUCAGGCAGUUUUCAUCGUGAAAAACGAAUUUGAAGCAACAGCAUCAUUGCUACCUCCAACUCCCGGCGCCGAGCCAGAAUGGAUGUUGUUGCAUUUGGACAUAUUAGUUGAGGAUUAUGAAGUAGGCCUAGGAACAGCUUUAGUUCACCCGAUUCAAGUCAAUUAUCUUCACGAAAUGUGUCAACAAAAGAUGAGAGGACAAGAUAAUGUGAGCUUUUUCAUUUUUUUCUCGGUUUUUAGGUAAUAAAAGGGAUUUGGCAAGAACUUUCUUUACAAGGCGAAAAAUGGCAAUAACUUUCUUUAAAAAAUAGAAAAUGGCAAAAACUUUUUUUACAAAUCAAAAAUGGCAAGAACAUUCUUUACAGAGCAAAAAAUGAGAAGAACUUUCUUUACAGAACAAAAAAUGACGAAAACUUUCUUUACAAAGCUUAAAAAUGAUUUUUUUGUAUAACAUGUCGCCUGCAGUCUGUAAAUUUUCAAGCUUUGAUAAAAAAAUUAUUUUCAGCCCUUAGAAGUACUGUACGAUGUAAUGCACAAGUUCUGCAUCAAACUCCAACUUGAUAUCCUAUAUUGUCAAGCCAUGCACCUAACAAGAACCAUCUCCCUCAAGUUCCUAACGGUCGAAUCCUAUGAUUUGCGAAGAGAAACUCUUGUUUUGUCAUACUGGUCACAACGAAAAGCAACACAACGCCAAAAGAAGUCGACUCAAUUCGAAUCUGAAUAUCGAAUUCAAAUAUGGAGAAACAAGGAUCAGCUCUGUUCCAAGUUGAAGAUACGACAUUCUCCAGCGACCAGGCCACUGCCUGGGUUGUACAAGGAGGAUGGAAGGUAGGGAGAGGGGAUUUUUUUGGGGUUUUAGGUAAUAAAAGUGGAGUUGCUGUUUUUAGGUAACAAGAUUUGGUUUUUUUUGUUUUUAGGUAACGAAAUAGGAUUUGUAAUUAUAUUCAAAGUGAUAACGGAUUUUUAGAUCAUAAAAAUUGAAUUUAUUAUUUUUAGGUAACAAAAUUUUUUUUAAUUUAGGUAACAAAUAUUAACUUUUUGGAUAAAAAAUCAAAUUUUAAGUAAGAUAUAUUAUUUUUUUGGCGAGAAAAAUUAUUUUAGGUAAUAAAAAAUGAAAUUUCAGAAAAAAAAAUUUCCAAAAUUUUCAUUUUUAUAAUUGUUUCAAUUAAAAUCCACUUACGUCAAUUUCCAUAAGUUGUUUAGUAAAUUAAGCGGCAGUCAAGGUCGAUUUUCUGCACGAGCGAUAGUAAUCCUUAUUUUCGAAUCUCUUACCUCGAAUUCUCAUCUCACAAAUUGACCUUCGAAUUGGGGACGAGAGGAGAAGGAAGCCUUUUGUUUUGCUGUUAUUUCGGAAAUUAGCAAUAAGUUUUGAAUUGUUAAGGGUUUUACGGCAUGGCAGUAUCAGGGACGUGUUGCUACAGAUUGUUUUUGGCGGGGGGGGAGUAUAAAAAAUUUUUUUUUGGUUUUUUGGUAGCACUAGUACACUUCUUUUUCAAAAAAAAAUUUUUUUGUGCACUGGUCCUACUAUUGGAUUUUCUUUUCGAAUCGGACCUGGGGGUGGAUCUACCCCAUUCACUUUCCUCCGGUCCCUCUCUCCUUCUAGAAACUUUUCUGCGUUUCUUCCCCUUCUAGUAACGUCUUUUCAUGACAGGACUAAUAAGAGAAAAAAGGCUUGAAAAAGAAAAGUUAGGCUUAAAAUGGAUGUUAUUGUUUGAAUCCUGGGUUGGAAAUGUAUUGUUUUUGAAAAAGUUAUAUUAGAAUUGGUUUUGUUUUCUGUAUUACUAAUAAAACAAAGGUGGAAAUUAGUUUGAAAAUGGGGUUUUCACGCUAUUUUUUGGGUUUCAGAGGCGUUUUUUUAGAUUUUUACUGAAAAGUUAGUGUUUAUUGAAAAUUUUUUUUUGGUUUUUAAGCCUAAAGUAGCAUUUUUAACUGUAACAUAAUAAUUUUAAGCCUAAAAUUAUAUCUUUAAGCAUAAAGUCAUCUUCUUAAAUUUUUAUUUAUAUUUUCAAGCCUAAAAUCUACUUUUAAGCCUAAAAUCUAUUUUUAAUUCUAAAAUCUAUUUUUAAGUCUAAAGUCAUCUUUUUAAAUUUUUAUUUAUAUUUUCAAGUCUAAAAACUAUUUUUAAGCCGAAAAUCUAUUUUUAAGCCUAAAAUCUAUUUUUAAGCCUAAAAUAUGUUUUCAAACCUAAAAAUCAAUUUCAACUUUGUUUUUUCCAGUUUGACCUCAAUUCAUCGACUAGUCAGCGAAACGGUCUUAUUGAGAUGUGGCGAACGUCUAGACCAAGUUCACUCCUUCCUCAACAAACUGACGGACAGAGUAAAAACCGAAAAACCAAGGAUAAAGGUGGUUGGAACGGCGGCCGUCCGGCUAAUCUUCGACUUAUUACCGGUCGAUGAUUGUACCGAAGAAGAAGCGCUUCACAUUGCGAUGAACGCAUUCACUGGCGAGCUGCAUUGCACCGUACCAGUGCUGAAUUCUGAGAGGGAAAAGGAAAGAGGUAAGAAGGCAGGGAGAUUUUAUGAAAAAAAUUGUGGAAACUUUGUUUACAAGCUUAAAAUGACCUUAUUUAUGACGGUAGAAUUUAAAAAAAAAUUGCAAAAAACUUUCUUUCCAGUAUCUUAAAAACCCAAAAUUUUUGUUUACACCUACUGUUUAUCGAACUUUUUAUAAUCAAGCGCACCGUUGCUUAAAUUGCCAGAUCGGACGGGAUCGCGCUUUUGCACUGUGCAAAGAAGGCAAAUAGCGCUGCACGGUGCAGAAAUUAACUUUUUGGCAAUAACUUUGUUUACAAUGGUAUAAAAUUACAUUUUUGAGUAUUUUUGAGUCUUGGAAGAAACUUUCUUUACAAUUUUUUUAUUUUUUACACUUUUAGGUUACGACGCUAAAAACUUUCAAGAAUUGGAGGAUUUGGAGACGAAUCUAGCCCUAAAAGUAUCGAAUAUCGACCAAAAAUUGAUUCAAAAAGCGAUUCAGAAGUUGCAAAUGAAAUUGAUGAAGAAACGGUUUGAGACACAAGUACCGUUGUUGCACUUUCGAACUGUUUUUGACUCAUUUGUUGAUGUUACGUGCAAAAACGCUAAACAACUCCCAGCUGACAGGAUAUGCUUACAGUUUAUUCAGGAGCCUAGGUAUUACUUGGUGAGUUUUGCUGUUUUUUGAGGUUUUUUACAACUUAUGAACUUUGAAAAAAAGUUUUAAAAAAUUUGAAAUUUUGAGAAAUUUUUAAAUUUUGAAGUAAUUAUCUCAUCUUUUAUGUCAUUUUAGCUUGUUGGCUUUGAAGAAAUGAAUGGAAUUGAUGCCGGUGUCCGAUUUUUCCUGUCCCAUUGUUGUGGUACCAAAAUUUCAAUGGUCGAUUUGAUAAAUUGUAACCUAAUUGAGGCUUUCUCAAAGAAACCAGACGUUUUUGGUAGGGAUUUUGAUUUAUAAUGAAAUAUUGGCAAAAAAUAGCUUGGAAAGAAAGUUCUUGUCAUUUUUUGUUUUGUAAAGAAAGUUCUUGCUAUUUGGCGUUUUGUAAAGAAAGUUUUUACCGUUUUUUCUCAUUUUAGACAGAAAUUUGUACGACUUGGCCCAAAAUCUGUACGCUGCCGAAGCCAUUCAAUGGAGUUCAAGAGCUCAAAUUGCUGAGUCGUUAAAUCGACUGGGAGAACGAUUAUCGACCGAAAAGAUGAAUGAAAACGUGAAACGACUGAACAUAGCGACGAUAUUACCCAAACACUGCAAAUGCCGUGGGUGUCGAUUGUCUUUGGUGGAGUAAGUUUGAGAAUUUUGAAUUUUUGAAAUUAAAAAAAAAACUGUUACCUAAAAUUGUUUUCAAAAAAUUAGAAUUUUAUAAAAUUUGGUACCUAAAAAUCACUUUUUUUCAGUUUCACCGCCUCUGACAUCACAAAAGACUCGUUAUCCUACAUCCAAAGUCUCCAUCACUUUACCUUAUCCACAAGCUACAUACGAUCAAAUCAAUGGAUAAUAGACCUGGCUGUAGACCAACCAGCAACCUCCGCCGAACUACCUCAAAACUCACUCACUACCUACAUCAAUAGUAACAUCCGAACCAGAAAACGCCUACCAUACAUCCAGUACCUCCCAAGUGUAUCUAUAGUACAAUGCUCAUCAGCAUCAUACGCCUUAUCACUGGCAGCGGUGGAAAAGCUACGGAUCUGCUCGACCCUACAUGACCCCACAAGAGAGCUGGAGCUAAUGCCAGAGCUGAGAAACAUGGUUAAUAUCAUCGAGUUCAAUCAUCACAAGAUCACAAUGGCCUAUGGAGAACAUCGCAGAUUGUUGGUCACGGUGAUCUACAAGGCCAAGAUACGAGGAUUCAGCGUUUUGUUCACUCAACAGCCGCGGGUGGAGAAUAUGGGAGAGCUGGGGGUUGGCAUGGGUAAUAUUGAAGGAAUGAGCACUAUUGAAGGAGGCAUGGGUAAUAUUGAAGGUCAAGGAAGAAGCCGUGUUGAAGCUGGUAGUGAACAAUAUGGAGCUGGCAAUGGUCAAUAUGGUGGGAAUGAAGCUUCUGUUGAAAAGACAGGUCUAAAAAACAAUGGCAAUGGCUCAUACGAUGGCCAGACGUGGCAGAAUGGCGUGGAAAAGAUGGAAAUCGACCAAAAUGGAGCCGGUUUUGGAGCCUUUGAUGGCUCAAACCUGAAAAAUGAAGACGCUUCUGAGGCCUACACUACGGACCAAUACAAUGCUCAGACGAAUCAGUUCAAUCCUCAAGCGAAUCAGGUCAAUGCUCAACCAAAUCAGUUUAAUUCAAUGGAUUUUAAAGGGUUACAUGGCCAAAAUCAACAGAAAAUAAGAUAUUUUGGACGACCAGAACCGCCAAGCUACAGAAGAGACCGCGCCUGGAACCCACAUUGGAUGGUAGCCCAUCUUAUUCAAGAUGACAUCACAAGAAACAAGGAUCUGGUGUCAUUGGUACAGUAUUUGAAUUCAACCGAGAAUACGAUGAAAUGCAUUCAGAACCUGAGGUACAGAAGGCCACACACCUUGUUGGAGUUUGAUGAAAACAUUGGGAAAAUGGAGGAAAAAGACAGGAAUGCGUUUGUCAGGGAUUUGAGGGUGGGUUUUUAAUGAUUUUAGGGGUGGGAAAUGGCCAAAAAAAUUUUUUAAAAGGUAAAAGUGGACAAUUUUGUUUUAUAGGAAAAAUGACAUUUUAUAACAUAUCUGGAUCAAUGUAUGGCGAAAAAUUUCUUUCUACUACUCUAAAAAGCUGAAAAAUUUUGUUUUCGCCCAGUGUCCUCGAACUUUUUAUAAUAAUCAAGCGCACCGUUGCGUAACUUGUCAGAUCGGACGGGAUCGCGCUUUCGCACUGUGAAACAGACAAAUGGCGCUGCAUGGUGCGGAAGUUAAUUCUUUAGCAAUAACUUUGUUUACAAUGAUGUAAAAUGGCGUUGUGAGGAUUUUCAAUAUUUGGAAGAACCUUUCUUUACAUUUUUUUUUAUUUUUUUGAGACGACGAAAAUUUUUUUAAAAAAUUUUUAACUGAUUUUGAAAAUUUUCAGUUGACAGUGAUUACCGUCACACCAACUAGAUUCCGAAUUGUCCUGGGAAGCUGUCAUCUAGAUGUGUUUUUGUUGAUGAACAACGAAGCAGCGAUAGAAGGAUCGAUUAUCCUGGACAAACGCUCUCACUAUGGCACGAUGGAGGAAAUGCCAUUUUUCGUUGACUUUUGGAAAUACUGGGGCGCUGACAAUGUUACAGUAAUUCAAGAAAGCAAUGUAAAGCAGGAGGAAGUGGAGGUUACGUCUCCAAAGAACACGUUAUCACCAUACUCAACUCAUAAUGGUCCACCGUCAGCACCAUCAAGGACAGAGGCGACCAGGUCACCACAGAAUCGACCAAGCUCGGCGGCUGGCAGCUACAACUCGGUCAAUUCGCCUGGAGUUCAGAGCAAGGGAUUGGUAAGGGCUUUACCUUUACUUAUGCUCUAAUCAUUACCUCUACUCUUACUUCUACUCUUAUUACUAUACAUACCCUACUCUCUACCCUUGCCUCUAUCCCUACUCCUACUCCUACUCCUACCCCCUACCCCCUACCCCCCCCUACCCCCUACCCCCUACCCCCUACCCCUACCCCCUACCCCCUACCCCCUACCCCCUACCCCCCUACCCCCUACCCCCUACCCCCUACCCCCUACCCCCUACCCCCCCUACCCCCUACCCCCUACCCCCUACCCCCUACCUCCUACCCCCCUACCCCCCUACCCCCUACCCCCCUACCCCCUACCCUCUACCCCCUACCCCCUUACCCCCUACUCUUUACUCCCUACCCCCCUGCCCCCUACCACCAACCCCCUACCCCCUACCCCCUACCCCCUACCCCCUACCCCCCCUACCCCCUACCCCCUACCCCCUACCCCCCCCUACCCCCCUACCCCCUACCCCCCCUACCCCCCUACCUCCUACCCCCUACCCCCUACCCCCUACCCCCUACCCCCCUACCCUCUACCCCCUACCCCUUACCCCCCUACUCUUUACUCCCUACCCCCUGCCCCCUACCACCAACCCCCUACCAACAUACUCCCUUCCCUUAAUUACCCUUUUUCCUAUAUAUUCCUACUACUCUUAGUAAUAUAUUGUACCAAAAACCGCAAAAACUUUGUUAACAACAUUUUUUACCAAAAAUUACCCCCUACCCCCCUACCCCCUACCCCCUACCUCCUACCCCCUACCCCCCUACCCCCUACCCCCUACCCCCUACCCCCUACCCCCUACCUCCUACCCCCUACCCCCUACCCCCUACCCCCUACCCUCUACCCCCUACCCCCUUACCCCCUACUCUUUACUCCCUACCCCCCCCUACCUCCUACCACCUACCCCCUACCUCCUACCCCCCUACCCCCUACCCCCUACUCUUUACUCCCUACCCCCCUGCCCCCUACCACCAACCCCCUACCAACAUACUCCCUUCCCUUAAUUACCCUUUUUCCUAUAUAUUCCUACUACUCUUAGUAAUAUAUUGUACCAAAAACCGCAAAAACUUUGUUAACAACAUUUUUUACCAAAAAUUACCCCCCUACCCCUACCCCUACCCCCUACCCCCUACCCCCCCCUACCUCCUACCCCCCUACCCCCCUACCCCCUACCCUCUACCCCCUACCCCCUACCCCCUUACCCCCCCCUCCCUACCCCCUACCCUCUACCCUCUACCCCCUACCCUCUACCCUCUACCCCCUACCCCUUACCCCCCCCUCCCUACCCCCUACCCCCUACCUCCUACCCCCCCUACCCCCUACUCUUUACUCCCUACCCCCUGCCCCCUACCCCCCCUACCUCCUACCACCUACCCCCCUACCUCCUACCCCCUACUCUUUACUCCCUACCCCCUGCCCCCUACCACCAACCCCCUACCAACAUACUCCCUUCCCUUAAUUACCCUUUUUCCUAUAUAUUCCUACUACUCUUAGUAAUAUAUUGUACCAAAAACCGCAAAAACUUUGUUAACAACAUUUUUUACCAAAAAUUAAAAGAAAGGAUUUUUUAAAUUUUUUUGCCCUUUUUAAAACAACAUUUUCCGGAAAUACGUUAUUUUUCAACGUCAUUAAGUUAUUUUUAUUUAUUUUUUGCAAAAAUCGAUUAAUUCGAAUGCGGCCAAGAAGAAAAAGUGGCCAAAAGAUCUUGUCCGAAAAUCACAUUUUGAUGGAUCGAAAGUUUUGGCGUUUUGAGUAAUGAAAAAAGGGAAUGGCCAUGAGUUGGGAGUUUUCAAAAGUUGCUUAGUUUUUUUGACUCAAAGUGUCAGACGGUAAUUUCUGAUGCUUAAACAGUGGAAAGAAAUUUUUUUUCGAUUUUUUGGUUUUUUAAAGAACAUUUUUGCUAUUUUUUGAUUUUGUAAAGAAAGUUCUUGCCGUUUUUGAUUUUGUAAAGAAAGUUCUUGCAAUUUUUUGUUUUGGAAAGAAAGUUCUUGCAAUUUUUUGUUUUGGAAAGAAAGUUUUUGUCGGUUUUUUGAGUGGAAAGAAAUUUUUUUGCUGUUAUGAAACAAAAUUUUCAUUGUGCAGCCUAGAGGUGACAAUUUAUACGAUAAGUUUAAGUUUUGUAAAGAAAGUCUUUGCUAUUUAUUGGUUUGUAAAGAAAGUUAUUGCCAUUUUAAACUGUCUACAACAACGUUUUGGCCGAAUUUUAAUUUUUUUAAAUUUCAGGAUGCUCGAAAACCUACAACAACAACAAAACCCAAAAAGAAGAACUGA